AUUUCAUAGCUGCUUUCACAUUCUACCUUGUGUAUCUCAAUCCAAUUCCUUAUCAAACAGGCAUAGAUAUGACAUUGCAUCUUCAAAUGAGUUUACCAAUUUCAUUGGUUCUAGUAAUCAUUUUAUCAGGGCAAAGAACAUGUGAGUCGGCACGAGUAUUUACUAUAGUAAACUACUGUAAGGAGACUGUCUGGCCAGCUGUAAUACCUGGGGAAAAGUUCAACGGUGGAGGCUUCGUCCUAAAGCCAGGACAAUCCUCCGUUUUCACUGCCCCAAUCAGUUGGAGUGGCCGAAUUUGGGCUCGAACAGGCUGCAACUUCGACCAAGAUGGAAACGGUCCAUGCCAAACCGGUUCAUGUGGCACAACAUUGAAAUGUGGAGGCGCAGGAAAAACCCCUGCAUCACUAGCUGAAUUCACACUGGCUCAACCUGAUUUCUAUGACGUUAGUCUCGUUGAUGGGUUCAACGUGCCCAUUUCCGUUAAGCCUUUAAAUGGAAAGGGAAAUUGCUCCACUGCAGGUUGUGAUUCUGACCUUAGAUUAACUUGUCCUAAAGAACUUUCCGUUAAGGCUAACGGUAAGACCAUUGGGUGUCGAAGUGCUUGUGAUGUGUUUAAUACUGAUGAAUAUUGUUGUAGAGGGAAUUUUGGGAACCCUUCUACUUGUAGACCCACUUUUUAUUCGAAGAAAUUUAAGGAGGCUUGUCCAACUUCAUAUAGUUAUGCUUAUGAUGAUCCAACUAGUAUUUUCACUUGCACAGGAACAGACUACAUCAUCGCUUUCUGUGCUGACAGGAAAAAACAGAUGUGCACUUACCAUGAUCACAAACUUCAUUGUAGUGGAUCGCAAGGCUUAAGGUCAUUGAUUAGAAGCUGGUGGAUGGCAAUGAUAAUGGUGUUUUCGAUGCUUAGUAAAUUUUAUGAGUUUGUAUAAAAAUGAAACCGGUUUUUUUUCUGUGUUUUUCCUUUAGGGAUGAUAUGUUCUAUAACUUGGGCACGUGUUUAUGCCUCAUGCGUACGGGAAGCUGUUAUUAUAUGUGUGCUAUUCUUUCCUUCAAUUUAAGGAAAAUGGGGAUGCUCAAUACUGUACUAGAGGUUGUCAUCGUAUCCACAAUAUAUAAUCAAAUAUCAAGUGACAGGAGAAUUUUAUUAUAGUUAUUAUUAGAUUAAA